AUGAUGGAAGAGAAUGAUAAUUUGAUAAUAAAUAAAAAAGAUACGUCCAAUUUGAUUGACAAAUUAUCAGUGAUAACUGAAGAAAGUGUAGUGGAAAAAAUUGAAAAAACUAAAGAUGAAAUGGGCAAUCAAAAAUUUUAUCAAAGUGAUAUGCAAAUGAAUGAAUUAACUGUAAAAGAUAUCAGUGAAGAUGAUGAUGAACAAUUAAAAUUAUCAGAUAAUAUGAAAGAAAAACUUCAUACAUUAACUGGUAAUAUACGAUGUCGUACUUCACAGAUGAUUGAUGAAAUAAUGCAAGAAUCGGAUGAUGACGAGAAAUGCUCAGAAAAUAUUGAAAUUGCAACUAGAAAAGAACAUCGUCCAAGUUUAAUGUCACUGGUUGGACUUCAACGAGGAAUAUCACCUGCAAGUGAUAAAUGUACAAAUAAAUCCAAAAGUUAUUUACGACGAAUCUUUCUAUCAUCCAUCAAUCCAUUUCAUCGAGAAUAUUUAAUUUGGUUGACAAUAGUGGUGACAGCAUUUCUCUACAAUGCCUUCGGUAUUCCAUUACGAAGUUCUUAUCCAUAUCAAACAAAAUCAAAUUUAAUUUAUUGGCUUAUCACUGAUUACAUUGCUGAUAGCAUAUAUUUAAUUGAUAUGCUAUUCAUUAAGCCAAGGCUUCGUUUUAUGAGUGGUGGACUUCCGGUUAAAGAUAUAAAAGAAACAAUAAAACAUUAUGUGCACAGUAAUGAUUUCAAAUUUGACUUACUUUCAUUAACACCACUUGAUAUUAUGUAUAUUUGGACUGGACCAAUUGCUGCAUGGCGUGCUAUACGUAUGUUUAAGCUUCCAUCAUUUUGGCAAUUAUUCAGUUUGUUGGAUAAUUCAGUUUCAAAUCCAUACAUAAUUAGAAUAACAAAAACACUUGCAUAUAUGAUUUAUUUAAUUCAUUGUAAUAGUUGUGUGUAUUAUGUGUUGAGUGCUUGGCAAGCUUUUGGGCAAAUUGCUUAUAGAAUGAAUAAUAAAUGGUACCUCAAUAAAUGGGUUUAUAAUAAUCAAGGAAAUGCUUAUAUUCGAUGUUUUUAUUUUACAACAGCCGUAGCAACAUCAACCGGUAAUAAUCCGGCACCAACAAAUGUUGUUGAAUAUAUUUAUAUGACAUUCUCCUGGAUGAUGGGUGUUUUUAUUCGAGAUAUUGUUUCAAAUGCAAAUCGUAAUCGUGAACAAUAUCGUAAAACUGUAGAUCAAGUAUUAAGCGAAUGUAAACGACUUGGUCUAUCCAAGGAUACAAUCGAUCGUGUUCGAGAUUGGUUUGUUUAUACUUGGCAAAAGCAAAAAACUUUAGACGAAAAAAUAUUGAUUGAAAAGCUACCAUUGAAAUUACAAACAGAUUUAGCACUUUCAGUUCAUUAUAAUACUCUCAGUAAAGUUCAACUUUUUCAGGGUGAUGUUGGGAAAGAAAUGUAUAUUGUCAAUGAUGGAAUCCUUCAGGUUGUUGAUGAUGAAGAAAAUAACAAAGUUUUUGCUGAACUUACUGAAGGAUCAGUUUUUGGUGAAAUUAGUUUAUUAGCAAUCGGUGGUAAUAAUCGUCGAACAGCAAAUAUUCGUUCAAAAGGUUAUUCAACAUUAUUUGUUCUCUCAAAAGAAGAUUUAAAUGAUGUUAUCAAAGAUUAUCCGGAUGCGCAACAAUUGUUAAGAAAAAAAGCUAGAGAAAUGUUGAAAAAAGAUGAAAAAGUGAAGAAAGAGAAAUUUUCAAUGCAAAAUAAUUAUAAGAACAUAUCAACGAAUAUUAAUACAACAAAAUUUGUAAAUACAGUAAUGGAAGUAAUUUCAUUAAAUUCACCAAAUGUCAAACAAUCGAUGUUACCUGAAGAUGAUAAAACAUCGAAAAUACGACAGAAUAAUGCAGUAGAAAUUGAUGAAUUUGAUAAUAUGUAA